AUGGCUCUUCAUCAAGUAGCUUCAACUGGUUCUAGAAACAAAAUGGCUCUUCAUCAAGUUUUAGCAUCUCCAGCUCAAACCCCGCAUGCUGCUUUCGAUGUUAAACCACGUCGUGCUAUUUAUGCUCCUUGCUUAUUGGGCGAUCAUUUUCUCUCAUAUUCUACUAUGGAUGUCGACGUCAAACUCAACCAACGUGUCCAAGGACUGAAAGAAGAAGUGAAGAGAAUGUUAAUGGCUGCAGUUAACCAGCCUGCUUCGCACAUGUUAGACAUGGUUGAUAACAUUCAGCGUUUAGGCUUGUCGUACCAUUUUGAAAAUGAGAUUGAUACAAUCUUGAAACACAUUCAUGAUCAUUCUUAUGGACGUAAAGAUCUUGAAAAUAAUGGUGGCCUUUACACUACUGCUCUCCGUUUUCGAUUGCUUCGACAGCAAGGCUAUAAUGUUUCAAGCGAUGUGUUCAACAAGUUCAGGCAAAGUAACAGGACAUUUAAGGAACAUCUUAUGAGCCAUGUAGUAGGACUGUUGAGCUUGUAUGAAGCCACUCACCUUAGGGUUCACGGAGAAGACAUACUUGAAGAGGCACUAACCUUCACCACGAGCCAUCUCGAAUCUGCAGCACCCCGGUUGAGCUCCCCUUUGUCGAAACAAGUAACUCAUGCCUUGUAUCAACCACUUUGGAAGGGAGUUUCAAGGCUAGAAGCCAGGCAUUACUUGUCUGUCUAUGAGGAAGAUGAUUCACACAACCAAACUCUGUUAACUCUUGCAAAGUUGGAUUUCAACUUAGCACAUAAAGUCUAUCAGAAAGAACCAAGUGAUACGACAAGGUGGUGGAAGGACUUGGACUUUGUAAACAAGCUACCUUUUGCAAGAGACAGGUUAGUUGAGGCCUACUUCUGGAGUUUGGCGACAUGCAUUAAUGAACCUGAAUAUUACUUUGCUAGAAUUGUGGUGUGCAAGUAUGUUGCUUUAACGACAGUCCUUGACGACGUUUACGAUAACUUCAGCACAUACGAAGAACUAGAGCGCUUUACAGAAGCUAUUGAAAGGUGGGACAUUUCUGCUGUUGAUCAACUGCAAUUGCCCCGGUGUAUAGAGGUUUGCUAUAAGGGAUUGUUGGAUACCUACUCAGGAUUUGAAGAAAAGCUUGCAGAUGAAGGAAACUUAUAUCUCAUUGAGUAUGCAAAAGAGGCAAUCAAAACUCUACUUAGGGGUUACUUCCAAGAAGCCAAAUGGUUGAAGGAAAAAUACACACCAACAAUGGAUGAAUUUAUGCCCAAUGGACUUGUUACGUCCUUCUUUACUAUGGCAAUCACAGCCUUUGUUGGAAUGCGAGGUCUUGUUACAAAAGACUCCAUGGAUUGGAUGUUAAAUGACCCUAAGAUUCUUAAGAGCAAGUCCACCGUUGGCAGACUCCUCAACGACUUGGCUGGCCACAAGUUUGAGCAAAACAACGAGCAGGGUGCCUCAACAGUAGAAUGCUACAUGAAGCAAUAUGGCGUCGGAGAAGAAGAAGCGAAAAUCGCGCUAACUAAGCAAAAGGAUGCUGCAUGGAAAGACCUAAACCAAGAGUUGCUCGAUCUCCAAUCCAACAAUAGUAUCCCCAAGCCCCUGCAGAUUCAUUUGAAUCUUGCACGUUCUACUGAAGUUCUUUACAGUAAUAAUAACGAAAGGUAUACCAACUCAAGGGUUUCAUAG